AUGGAAGGAGAUCCAGAAGACGAAGGCCAAUCCAAAAGGGUAAAGCCAGUGAGUAACUCAUGCUCACUCUGCAAAGAAAUUCAUGAUUUAAAUUCGUGCGAACAGUUUCGUAAAAUGGAGAUCAAAGAUCGAAAGAAAUUUGCAAGAGACAAAGGACUUUGUUAUGGCUGUUUAAUACCAGGACACACGUCCAAGCAAUGUAAGAAAAGAAAGAAGUGUGAGACCUGUGGAAAGUUACACCCCACCUCGCUGCAUGGGGAUUUCAGGGAAAAUCCAGGCAACGAUAAGGACCGUCCUGACGAUAAUGCCAACUCACCGACCGUCAACUGUACCAAGGCAUGUUUCAUGAACGAUGGAACUCAGGUGCGAAUGAGCUCCAUGAUAAUCCCGGUUUGGAUCAACCAUAGUGAUAAUCCUGAAACCAAGAUACUCGUGUAUGCCCUCUUGGACGAUCAAUCGGACACUACCUUCGUCACUGAAGAAACCCUAAAUAGUUUAAAUGUCAGCGGCCCAGAAACCCAACUAUCCUUGUCAACGAUGCAUGCAGACAACGAAGUGAUAGCCAGUAAUAAAAUCAAAGGACUUGCUGUUAGCGACUACGACCAUAACGUCUCUAUCCCUCUUCCCACGACCUUCUCGUGCACAACGAUACCAGCCAGACGAAGACAGAUCCCAUGUCCCGAAAUGGUAAACCAGUGGCCACAUCUAGUACCCAUUGCGAACAGUUUGACUCCAUAUCAACAUAACGUUGAAGUUGGUCUACUUAUCGGUUCAAACUGCCCCAGAGCCAUUAUGCCUCGAAAAAUCAUACCCGGCAAUGACAACGAACCAUACGCGCAGAAGACAGAUCUAGGAUGGGGCAUUGUCGGGAACGUUUCAAGAUCCAACCUCGAGCGAGACAAGGACCAUGAAGAGAUGCACACCACGCACGCAUGUAGAGUUAUAUCGUGCUGUACAAAUGACACAAAUCCACUCCAUCGGAAGACGUGCUUCUUCUCAGUUAAGACCACUACGAAGGAAAUACUAAAUCCAGUCCAGGUAAGACAGAUCCUGGAAUCCGACUUCUCGGAAGGAAAAACUAACGAACAGCCGAUAUCGCAAGACGAUAGGAAGUUCAUACGCAAGGUAGAGCAAGGAAUUCGUCAGAGACAAGACGGACACUACGAAAUGCCUUUACCGUUCCGCGAAGAAGAACCGAGUAUGCCUAACAACAAGUCUCUUGCAUUACAUCGACUAGCCAAACUCAAAACCCGGCUCGAGAAUAACGAACAGUAUCGUAAGGACUACGUUGCCUUCAUGAAUGAUUUAGUAUCGAAAAAAUACGCGGAAAGAGUUCCUGAAAAGGAGCUUCCAAGGGACGAUGGACGCACAUGGUACAUUCCGCAUCAUGGGGUGUAUCACCCGAAGAAACCCACAAAGAUGCGCGUAGUAUUCGAUUGUAGUGCCAAGUAUAAGGGCGAGUCACUAAACGAUUAGCUACUACAGGGUCCUGACCUCACCAACCAACUGAUCGGCGUGCUGUGUAGAUUUCGCCAAAGUCCAAUUGCGUUUAUGUGUGAUGUGGAAUCAAUGUUUCACCAGUUCAACGUCAUCGCGGCCCACCAAGACUUCCUGCGAUUCCUUUGGUGGGAAAACGGAGAUACAACCAACCCCCCGGUAGAAUUUAGAAUGACGGUCCACCUAUUUGGAGCCGGAUCAUCUCCAGGAUGUGCGAACUACGGCUUAAAGCAGAUAGCCAACGACUACGAAGAAGAAUUCGGCACAGAAGCAGCGAACUUCGUUCGAGACGAUUUCUAUGUUGAUGACGGCUUGAAGUCAGUCGACUCAGUCUCGGAAGCCGUUUCGCUGAUUAAGAAAACCAAAGACCUAUGCGCCCGUGGUGGAUUACGUCUCCACAAGUUCGUUUCAAACUCGAAGCCGGUGAUAGAGAAGAUCCCGCCCAACGAUAGAGCCUCCGGUAUAAAGAAUCUCGACCUUCGCAAGGAUGACCUGCCAAUAGAACGAGCACUUGGCGUAGAAUGGUGCAUCGAGUCCGACUCCUUUCAGCUAAGAGUGAGCCUGCAGAACAAACCUCCUACCCGCCGCGGAAUCCUCUCCACUGUAAGUUCCAUCUUCGACCCGAUAGGAUUCGUAGCCCCUCUUAUACUUCAAGGAAAGCAAUUUCUACAGGAGUUAUGUCGCGACGGAAUCGACUGGGAUGACCCAAUUCCCGAGCAAAUUCGACUACGAUGGGAGAAAUGGCGUAACGACUUACUCUUGUUGAGCGACCUGGGCGUCCAAAGAUGCUAUCGACCAGAUGGAUUCGGAGAGCUAAAGUCCAUCGAGCUUCACCAUUUCUCAGACGCGAGUACCUCGGGAUACGGUCAGUGCUCGUACCUGCGAUUAGUUAACGAGGAAGACAAAAUUCAUUGUUCGUUCGUCAUGGGAAAGGCUCGAGUUUCCCCGUUGAAGAGCGUCACGAUCCCUCGCCUGGAAUUAACGGCGGCGUUAGUUUCCGUGAAGGUAAGCAACCUACUUCACCAAGAGCUCAAUUACGAAGGGAUCGUCGAUAUAUUCUGGACGGACAGCAAAGUAGUGCUUGGCUAUAUAAAUAACGAAGCCAAACGCUUCCACAUAUUCGUGGCGAAUAGGGUACAACAAAUUCGAGAGUGCACUAACCCGAACCAGUGGCGAUACAUAGAGAGUAAGGAGAACCCAGCAGACGAGGCGUCACGAGGAUUAAGUGCCCAAGAGCUGAUAUCUAACCCUCGGUGGCUAUCCGGACCAGCGUUUCUAUGGAAUCCCGAGAUCAACACAUCCACCACCGAAAGUCCGCCCCUCUCGGAAGACGAUCCCGAAGUUAAGAAAGUAAAAUCACUCGCCACGCAAGGAACGACCGAAAACGUGUCAACGAUUCUCCAGAGACUUGAAUACUUCUCCGAUUGGCACCGGGCGAAAAGAGCCAUCGCAGUUUGCCUGAAGCUCCGAAAGCGUCUGAGAAGUUGUACGACAGAUCGAGAACAAGUUAAAUCCGAGACACGCACCAAUUCGUAUCAGCCGGUAAACGUGGAACAGUUGCGACAAGCGGAAGUAGAAAUUAUGAAGGCGAUUCAAACGGAAAUGUUUCCCGUAGAGAUGGAACUCCUGCGUCGUUUGAAAUCCAACCCCACGAAAAGAGAAGACGUCAAGGAUCGUAAGGCAAGCUUAAAGAGAAACAGCGCAUUAUAUCGACUAGAUCCAUUUAUCGACAAAGAAAGACUCGUAAGAGUUGGCGGACGAAUCAAACGCGCCGAUGUCCCCUUUCACGUGAAACACCCCGUAAUCCUACCGAGAAAGGGACACAUUACAUCCCUCAUAAUCCAACAUUACCAUCAACGAGUCAAACACCAAGGCCGUGGAAUCACCCUGAACGAGAUUCGCGAGGACGGGAUUUGGAUCAUUGGUGCAACUUCUGCAGUGGCCCAUCAUAUCGCCAAAUGCGUCACGUGUCGGAAGCUUCGUGGUACCGUAUCCGAGCAGAAAAUGGCCGAACUUCCCUACGAUCGAUUGCAACCUGCGCCACCGUUCACCUUCUGCGCCGUUGAUUACUUUGGCCCGUGGCAUAUUAAAGAAG